GAGAAGAAUGAAACGGCUAAGGAAAGAAGAAGAGACUUUAAAAUUUUGAAUUACCGUUAUCUGUGACCGUUGCAAGAAUUGUAAAGCCACGUGUUGGCCAUAGGUAGAGCGAGUUAGUUAAUUUCUCUUUCUGCCACAAUUAGCUAUGCCAGGAUUUUGAGAGGAAUUCCUCAUUGUAUUAAGCAUUUUUUGCCAAAUGUUGAAAUCUGAUAUUCAUCAUCUUCUCUCUUUAUCGUCCAGCCUGCUCUCUCCUUCUCUUCUCUUUAAUCCCUUCUCUGUCAAUAUCUUGUCAGCACCUUCAGCUUCAUUGAAUUUUCCAUAUUUGGCUUCCUGUUGACCUCACAAAGAUUGAUUCUUCACUGGAAUCUCUCUUUGUAGGUUCUAUCAAUAUCCAUCUGCCACAAGUGGUCUCAAUAAGAAAAGAUUCUUUGUUGAAGGUAUAAAUGGCAACGCUCGAAGAUAUAGGGGUUUCAGCAGCUAUAAAUCUACUAAGUGCAUUAAUUUUCCUAUUUCUAUUUGCAAUUUUGAGGCUGCAACCUUUCAAUGAUAGGGUUUACUUUCCGAAAUGGUAUCUCAAGGGCUUAAGAAACAGUCCCUCGCGGUCAAGGGCAUUGGUUAGUAGGUUUGUGAAUUUAGACUGUAGAUCAUACAUUCAGUUCUUAAAUUGGAUGCCUCAAGCACUGAAAAUGCCAGAGCCUGAACUUAUUGAUCACGCAGGAUUGGAUUCUGCGGUUUACUUGCGCAUUUACUUGAUGGGACUUAAGAUUUUUGUCCCUAUAACUAUCCUUGCUUGGGUUGUCCUGGUACCAGUUAAUUACACUAAUGAUGCUUUAGAGGCAGAGAAGAUGGCGGCCAAUGUGACUGCUAGUGACAUCGACAAGCUUUCGAUUUCAAAUGUUCCACUUAAAUCACAAAGAUUCUGGGCUCAUAUAGUGAUGGCUUAUGCCUUUACUUUCUGGACUUGCUAUGUACUACUGAAGGAGUACGAGAAAGUUGCAUCAAUGAGGUUGCAAUUUCUUUCCUCAGAAAGACGUCGUCCAGAUCAAUUCACAGUCCUAGUUAGGAAUGUACCUCCAGAUCCAGAUGAAUCUGUUAUUGAGCUUGUGGAGCACUUUUUUCUGGUGAAUCAUCCAGAUCAUUAUCUCACUCAACAGGUGGUGUGCAAUGCUAACAAUCUAGCCAGCUUGGUGAAGAAGAAUGAAGGUAUGCAGAACUGGCUUGACUACUACCGCUUCAAGUAUUCUAGAAAUCGAUCACAGAGGCCUCAGACGAAGACUGGCUUUCUUGGUCUCUGGGGGGCAAAAGUAGAUGCAAUUGAUUAUUACAUAUCAGAGAUUGAGAAACUGUCGAAAGAAAUAACAGAAGAAAGGGAAAAGGUUUUAAAUGAUCCGAAUUGUAUUAUGCCUGCCGCAUUCGUUUCGUUCAAGACUCGAUGGGGUGCAGCAGUUUGUGCACAAACUCAACAAUCAAGAAAUCCAACUUUGUGGUUAACAGAGUGGGCUCCCGAGCCGCGCGAUGUAUAUUGGCCAAACCUAGCCAUUCCAUAUGUGUCGCUCUCAGUUAGAAGGCUGAUAACUGGAGUUUCGUUCUUUUUUCUUGCCUUCUUUUUCAUGAUCCCUAUUGCAUUUGUUCAAUCUCUAGCAAGUAUUGAGGGAAUUGAGAAAAGCCUUCCCUUUUUGAAGCCUGUUAUUGAAGUAGAAUUUAUCAAAUCAGUUGUCCAAGGAUUUCUACCUGGGAUUGCGCUAAAGCUCUUUCUUAUCUUACUGCCGACGCUAUUGAUGAUGAUGUCUAAAUUUGAAGGCUUGACAUCUCUAUCAUCUUUGGAAAGGAGAUCAGCAAUGAGAUAUUACAUUUUCAUCAUUAUCAAUGUGUUCCUCGGAAGCAUACUCACCGGGGCUGCAUUCGAACAGCUAGAUUCUUUUAUCAAGCAGUCUGCCAGCGAAAUUCCUAAAACAAUUGGUGUAGCUAUUCCGAUGAAGGCAACUUUCUUCAUAACCUAUAUAAUGGUUGAUGGAUGGGCUGGAAUAGCUGGAGAAGUUCUAAUGUUGAAACCAUUGAUAAUUUACCACUUGAAGAAUUUCUUUUUGGUGAAGACUGAAAAAGAUAGGAAAGAAGCGAUGGAUGCAGGCAGUCUUGGCUUCAACACCGGCGAACCCCGUAUACAGCUAUACUUUCUGCUGGGGCUUGUAUACGCACCAGUCACACCUAUUCUCCUUCCAUUCAUAGUUAUGUUCUUCGGCUUCGCUUAUGUGGUGUACCGUCAUCAGAUCAUAAAUGUUUACAACCAAGAGUAUGAAAGUGGCGCCGCAUUCUGGCCUGCUGUCCAUGGUCGUGUUAUUACUGCAUUAGUAAUCGCACAGCUGCUUAUGAUGGGACUUUUGAGCACAAAGCAAGCUUCCAGCACAACGCCAUUUCUCAUUGCUCUUCCUGUCCUCACUAUAUGGUUCCAUGUCUUCUGCAACGGCCGCUAUAAAUCUGCGUUUGUCAAAUAUCCAUUACAGGAAGCAAUGAUGAAAGAUAGCCUGGAACGAGCAAGUUCUCCAAACUUCAAUUUCAGAUCCUACCUCGAGAAAGCAUACGUGCAUCCAGUUUUCAAAGGAGAUGGCAACGAUGAUGAUUAUGAACAGUAUCUGAGUGAAAACCAGGAAGAUGAUGCUGAGAAUGUGUUAAUGCCUACAAGACGCCACUCUCGAAGAAAUUCACCAGCAGUAAGCCGAGCAGCUUCACCUGCUUUAUCCGAGGAAGUUCAAAGCGUAGAGCAUCGAGUAUGACACUUGCAUGCCGAUUAAAUCUCAUACUUGUUCUACAGUGGGCAAAGGAAGAAGGGCUGGCUGAAAAAUUCUCACAGGAAAUCAACAAGUUUUGGAUUUUGUGGCAAUGAAUGGCACUUCAAUCUUCAAACACAAAUGUAGAUUUAUAUACAUAUAUAAAAGAUCACAUGAAUUUAUUUUUAUUUA